ACAUCAUAGUGAUCAAAUUCAGACAUCAUCACAAUCAAAUUCAGAUAUUACAAUGUCUGAAUUUGAUUGUGAUAGAUAUCCGAAUUUGAUUGUAAUGAUGUCUGAAUUUGAUUGCGAUGAUGUCUGA